AUAAAAAAGACUCACGCAUUGAAUUCUGGGUGUGAUCAAAGAUGGCGUCUCCCGUGUUGCUGGGGAAACGGUGCUGAGCGGAGGCACGGAGUCCAUCACAGUUCUUUACCUGCGAUGUUUCACUUGAGUUGGAAGUGCGGCGCGAGGGUCCGCCGAUUUCCAUCCAUCCGACCCGUGUGCAUUUGGACCCGAGCCGGCGGGAGGAUCACAGGCGGCAGGUUUUCCCUGAGCAGAAGUCAGCAAUGUUGGAAAUAUCCUCCGAGUGGGAAGAGCUCUGAGUGCAGUUUAUUUCGUCGGGUAUUGAACCUUCUCCAGUAUGGUGUCAGGCAGCGUGCGGGAGGCUGCCAGUGGGGCCCGCUGAGGAUUCAGAGUGCCUUCCUGCUGCUGGGGACACCUGGGCUAAUAACGCUUGGACUGAGACUCAAUGGCAUCGUAGCUCACUGUGAGGAAGAUAAUGGCUACGUUGUUGAAGACACUGUUCCGCAGGCUUCUGAGUUCAAUUGGAAAGAAUUUUGGAGGUUCCUUCGCCCAGAACUGUUUUCUCUGAUUUGGGCCAUUAUUUUUGCCUGUGGUACAGCAUACCUGAACUCUCAGAUCCCCAUUUUGCUGGGGGACUUGAUGAACUCGAUCAUCCAGUGCUUGCGGAACGAUCCUGCCUGUUACUUCAGGAGCAUGAAGGUGCCAAGUGCAAAAUUACUGGUGAUCUACGGGGUACAGGGAAUCCUGAGCUGCUUAUACAUCACCCUCUUAUCCAGAAUUGGGGAGAGAAUCGCUGCGGCCAUGAGGAAAGAGUUAUUUGCAUCCCUCAUCAGGCAGGACGUGGCGUUUUACGAUGCCACGCGGACAGGUCACCUGGUGAGCCGCCUAACCAGUGACAUCCAGGAGUUUAAAUCCUCCUUCAAGUUGGUGAUUUCUCAGGGUCUGAAAAGUAUUGCACAAACAAUCGGCUGCCUGGUGUCUCUGUACUUUGUUUCACCAAAGCUGACGGGAGUCAUCUGCGUGGUGAUGCCGCUCCUGGUGGGAACUGGAGCAUACAUGGGCUCUUCUCUUCGGAUACUCUCCCGAAAAGCUCAGGAGCAGUUUGCCAAAGCGACGUGCGUGGCAGAUGAGGCACUGGGAAAUGUACGGACAGUGAAGGCAUUUGCAAUGGAAGAUCUGGAAACUGAGCUUUUCUCAAAGGAAGUGGAUAAAGCCAAGGAUAUCAACCAGUAUUUGGGAUUGGGAAUUGGCAUCUUCCAGGGAUUAUCAAACUUUGCACUGAAUUGUGUAGCUCUGGGGACGAUAUGUCUCAGUGGAUCAUUGAUGGCAACAGACGAGCUGAGCGCUGGCGAUAUGAUGUCCUUCUUGGUGGCCACACAGACUGUGCAGAGGUCUUUGUCACAAAUAUCUAUCGCCUUUGGACAGAUGGUCCGUGGAAUGAGCUCUGGAAGCCGAGUGUUCGAGUUCAUGAUGUUGGAGCCGACAAUCCCAAUAAAAGGCGGGCAUCAGAUCCCAUUGGAUGCCCUGGUCGGACAUGUGCAGUUCCACGAUGUUACAUUCAGCUAUCCCACCAGAUCCGGCCACAUGGUUCUGCGCUCACUCAAUCUCACCCUGCCGGCUUCCAAGGUGGUUGCCAUCGUUGGACAAUCGGGGACAGGGAAGUCAACAGUCACAUCUCUGCUGGAGAGAUUCUACGAGCCGUCCAGUGGCAUUAUCACCUUGGAUGGCCAUGAUCUCAGGAGCCUGGAUCCACAUUGGCUGCGCAGUCAAGUCAUUGGAUACAUUAGCCAGGAGCCAGUGCUCUUCAGUGGCACCAUCAAGGAAAACAUUCGAUUGGCAAAGCUUGAUGCCUCUGAUGAGGAAGUGUACACUGCAGCUCAUCAGGCAAAUGCAGACAGCUUCAUCCGCAGCUUCCCUGACGGAUACAUGACCCUUGUGGGGGAGCGGGGAGUGACUCUCUCCGGGGGCCAGAAGCAAAGGAUCGCCAUUGCCCGAGCCCUGAUUAAAAACCCCACCAUCCUGGUCCUGGACGAAGCCACGAGCGCGCUGGAUGCAGAGUCGGAGCGAGUGGUACAGGAGGCACUGGACAACAUACAGAAGGGUCGCACGGUGCUGGUCAUUGCCCACAGGCUGAGCACCAUCAAAGGGGCUGAUAUCAUCUAUGUCCUGGCCAAUGGCCACAUCAAGGAGGUGGGGACACAUGCCGAGCUGUUGCAGAAAGGAGGGCUCUAUAAAGAACUGGUCCGGAGACAGACCUGUGAAGAAACCGGUGCCUGAGGGAGAGGCAGGCAGACCAAGGACUAUGGACUCCAGGCAUUUAUUCCCACUGGACGAUUCAUUCAGAGAUGAGAUGUAAGGAAGCUAUGCUGCAAUGACACGCCCUCCCCCACUGGUCGGUCUGACAACACAAUAUCCACACAGUUUCCAGCAGGGUGUGUCGGAUGUGCAGGGUUCCCUCACACUGUCAACCAUUGACAUGGAAACUCUGCACACUAAGUUCCAUGGCUCUCAAGCCCGGCCUUUGCCUGCUCAGCACCUGGUGAGCUGUGGAACUACUGGGUAGAGUGUGUCACUGUAUAAGCACAGAUAAGUGCAGGUCUGCCAGUGUAUAACACUUGGAUACAGUAGCGGGGGGGGGGGUGAUAGCUCCCUGAAGCUGUUAAUAUUAUUUUUCAUGGAUGAGUUGUAGAUUUAUAUGGCCUGUUUUAUGUUUAACUUUCUUCAUAAAUUGAACUUACAUCAAGUGAGCUCUGAUUGCAUUACCCUGCCUGCACGAGAGUGCAAUUAAAAUAGAUGCA